AUGUAACAGUGAGAGUCUGCACAAGAUGCCAGAGCAGUGGCUAAGCUGUGUGUUAGAAGAAAUCAAGUCUUGUGAUCCUUCAUCUACUCUAUGUGCAACCAGACGUAGUGCAGGAAUUCCAUUCUACAUACAGGCUUUGUUAGCAUCAGAACCAAAGAAGAGCAAAGCAGAUUUGCUGAAAAUGACAAUGAAAGAACUGAUAUCUUUGGCUGUACCUUUGAAUGAAUCAUUGAAUGUAAUUCCACAGGUUCAUGCUUUAAAUAUCCUCAGGGCACUGUAUAGAGAUACACGUUUAGGUGAGAACAUCAUGCCUUAUGUUGCAGAUGGAAUAAAAGCAUCAAUUCUAGGCUUUAUGUCACCUGUAUGGGCAGUAAGAAAUUCAUCUACACUACUUUUUAGUGCUCUGAUUACAAGAAUUUUUGGGGUUAAAAGAGAGAAAGAUGAAAAUUCCAAAAAGAAUAGAAUGACAGGAAGGGAGUUUUUUUCCCGGUUUCCAAGUCUUUAUCCUUUCCUUCUCAAGCAGCUGGAGGUUGUAACCAGUGCUUUGAACAGUGAAGCUGAAGAGCUGAAAAUCCAUCCAAGCCUGUUUCUUUUGCUUUUAAUCCUGGGAAGGCUGUAUCCAUCUCCAAUGGAUGGCACUCACUCAGCACUCAGCAUGGCACCUUUUGUCCCUUUUAUUAUAAGGUGUGGGCACUCUCCUGUGUACCGCUGCCGUGAGAUGUCAGGUCGGGCUCUUGUUCCAUUUGUUAUGGUGAAUGAAGUACCACAUACCGUGCUGUCCUUGCUCAAGGGGCUUCCAGACUCUACCAGUCCUUGCAUACGACAGAAUAGUAUUCAUGGAACACUUCUGCAAGUGUUUCACUUGCUGCAGUCGUACUUAGAAUCAAACCAGUUCAUUAGUUCAGACUUUCAGCGGGAACUGGGUGACAUCAUUACCUGUAUGGGAACCAAACUGUGGCUUGCUGAAAGGCAAAAUCCUUGUUUGGUGACCAGAGCUGCCUAUCUUGAUGUCCUUGUGAUGCUGAGUACUCACCUGGGGAAGUUUCAGAAGCAAAGAAUGCAAUUGCUUGAAUUUUGGGAAAUGACGAACAGAGUUAUUACAGAUUCUGAAUUAGUCUCUGGUAUUCCCUACUCAUCUGCAGUACCAGGACUGAUACAGUAUCUUCAGAGCAUGGCCAAACUUGUCAUAGCAGUGCUGUCAGUGACUGCAGGCCCUGACAUUCAGGGCAGUGGUUCAGCUGUUGCAAAGAAAGUGGCCAAGCCAUCGUUGUCAAUAGCUCAUCUCCUGCACUGUGAGUUUCAUGAAGUGCGUCUGCUUGCGUUGGAAGCAAUACUGCUGUGGCUGAAACAGAGCAAUUCCAAACACAUUGCAGAAAGAAGAGAAGGUGAAUUGUGUUCACUCACUGAUUUGGAAGACACUCUUCCCACAAUGGCUGUGAAGGAAACGAAUCUCCCAUGUUUUUGCAAGGUGCUAGAAAUCCUUUAUAAUCUGGAUCUCAGAAAUGUGCUUCCAAAGACUGAAUGCACUAUGAAAAUGAAUCCACAUGAGCUCUUAACCUGGAGUUUAAACCUCGUAGAUACCUCCAACAGCACUGAAGCUCAAAGCAUAGCUCUUAAAUUUGCCUCCAAGUUGGUUAUCCAUCUUUUUCAGAACCAUCAGCAGAUUUCAGAAGAAGUCUUGAAAAAAUGGAUUCAGCUGAUAGUGCAUUUUUGUGGAGAUGAGCAAGAGACAGAGAUGCUGUUAGCAGCUGCUGAAGUUCUUAAAAGUAUAACGUUGCUCCUUCUGAUCAACGAGAAGCUUAUUCUUGGACUGUCUGAUACCUUUGCUCUGUGGAAAUGUGUGGUUCUACUGCUGCAGAAUGAAGAUUUGGUAGUAAGGGAUGCUGCUGCUGAGGUUAUACAAGUGGCACAGUCUGAGAAAAAGAGCAAAGAAGGAACAGAGUUUGCACUUAGGAUAGUGAAUGCUCCAAUGGCCUUGGAUUUAGCAUUUGGCAUACUGUGUGAGCAGCUCCAGCGCUGGGGGGAGAUCCGUGCUGGUGUCCUGAUCCUGCUGGAGUGGCUGCUGGGAGACAGUGACCUGAAAAGAGAUUCGGAGACUUCAGCCCUGGAAGAAGAUGAUUACCUGUUUGAUAAAGGGGAAGUGAAUUUUUGGGCAGAGAAGCUGACUCAUGUUAGACAGCUGAGUAAGCACCUUUUUCAGCUUAUAUCAAUGACUCACUUAACUUUACCAGAUCAUGGAGAACUUAAUCGACUAUCAAGAAUAGCACUGGACCAAGCCCAGCUCGUUGAGUGCCUUCUGGGAGCACUACCCCUGGCUCCAGAAUUUUCCAAAACUCCAGAAUUUGUAAGAUUGGCUAUUCAAAAUGAGAGAAUAUCGAUCUGCCUUAAAAUAUUAAAUCUGCUGAAGUCUGAUGAUACUUGCAGAAGUGAAAAUCUGGAAAAGUAA